AUGAGGCGCUUGAGAAAGACCAGCUUAGUGGAGUGGCUCUCCAGGGACUGGCCUGCGUCGUCGAAGCUGCUGGAACAGAUCUUUUCCCAGCCCCAGGCCAUCCUGUUUCUCGUAGACAGCAUCGAGGAGCUGAAAUUAAAUACUUUGCUGGACGAUGACCUGUGUGAUGACUGGAACCAGCCGCGGCCCCCGGAGAUUAUCCUCGGCAGCUUGCUGCAGAAAGCGAUGUUGCCCAGCUCCUCUCUGCUCAUCGCGUUAAAACCUGCGGAUCUUGCGAGGGGCGAAGAGCUUGAGGUCGAGUUCGGGACCAUCACCUCUUUCUAUGUCUCUUUUCUCACGACUGUGUUCAGAGCAGGAGGCGAGGAUUCUCCGCAGUGUCAGAACGUCGCAUCCCUAAAAGCCUUGUGCUCUUUGGCUGCGGAGGGGACUUGGACUUGCACCUACUUCUUUUUGACUGAGGAUCUUGGGACGCAUGGCGUGUCCACGGCGGACGUCUCGAUGUGGUUGAGCCUGAAUAUUCUUCGCCAGAACGGUGACUCUAUUACCUUCAGCCAUGACCAAGUUCAAGAGUUCUUUACUGCCAUGUUCUAUUUGCUAAAACAACCUGAAGAUGAGCCUAACCCGUUCAUCGGCAGCAUCAGCCAGCUUAUCAGCACGUGUCUCAAGCAAGAAAGAACAGGCUUGUCACUCGUGAAGCAAUUUGUGUUUGGACUUCUAUCAGAAGCCACAGCCAAAACACUAGAGUCGUGCUACGGUCCCCAAAAGUCCCAGGAAGUAAAGCAGGAAAUGCUCAAAUGUAUAAAAAGCUUAAGUCAUUUUGACGACAACGACCCAGAGCUGAAUUUCCAGGAAUUAUUUGAUGGUGUAUUUGAAAACCAUGAAGAAGAAUUUGUAACAGCAGUAAUGAGUUUCUUUGAAGAAGUUACCAUUCAUGUGGAGAACACACAGGAGCUGGUCAUAAAUUCCUACUGUCUGUCACACUGCAGGAAUUUGCACAAACUUACAAUGUGUCUAGGAGACGUCUUCUCGGAAGACUCUGAACUCCCCAGGACUGAGAAGCUUGCUAUUUGGCAAAACUGUUGUUCCAUCUUCCACACCAACGAGAACCUGCAAGUGUUCUUGCUGGAGAACUGUGCUUACAGCCACGCGCCCAUGGCUAUUCUGUGUAAGGCCAUCGCCCACCCGUUGUGCAGACUCCACAGUCUGACGGUGAUGUUUAUGACCAACUUGGGAGAGGGAGCGAGCUUCUUCAAGAGCGUUUCUCAAAUCCCCCGCCUGAAGUACCUGAAUCUCCACGGCACUAACCUCUCUCACAGCGCAGUCAGGGAAAUGUGUCGCAUGCUGAAACACCCCAUGUGCAACAUCGAAAAAAUCAUAUUAAAUGAAUGUGGUCUAUCUUAUGUCUUCUGUGACUACAUCGCCCAGAUUCUUUUGUGGAACCGCUCUCUGACACUUCUCGAUCUGGGAUCAAAUAACCUGAGCGAUCGUGGGGCGAAUUCCUUAUGUGAAGCCUUGAAGAACCCAGAGUGUCACCUGCAGGAGCUGUGGUUGGUGGGUUGCCACCUCACUCCCGCGUGCUGUAAGAAUAUUGCCUCUGUUUUUAUGACCAACCAAAAACUAAAGGGCCUGAGACUUGGGAGCAACAACAUACUAGAUGCUGGCGCCAAGGAGUUAUGUGAAGCUUUGAAGCAUCCCGACUGUAAAUUAGAAAGUAUUGGGUUGGAAAUGUGUGGUCUCACCUCUGCCAUCUGUGAGGAUAUAGCGUCUGUUAUCACCACCUGCAAAACACUGAGGAUUCUGAACCUGGGUAUGAUCGCCUUCAGCCACCAAGACGUGAAGGUGCUGUGCAGCGCACUGAGCCAUGCGGACUGCGCCCUGCAGACUCUGGGGUUAAAUAAAACAGACUUUGAUGAGGAAAGCCAGUUGCUGCUGUUGCAUGUGGGAGAGCAAAAUCUCCGUCUGAGCAUCAGUAACUACCCUUGGAUUGAAGAGGAGUUCCAGAUCAGAGGCCUGAUAGGAAACUGA